ACUGUUCUUUACCCCCUGCCCUAAAAAGCGAAACUUGCUGUGUGAAAAGGUGAAAACUCACGUUCUUCACUUCAAUCCGUAUCACACACAAUCCCUAAACCCUAAACCGCCUACCCCCAAAACCCCUUUUCAAUGCCCUAAUUAAAUCCCCCAAAUUUCCACAACCAAUACACAAAAUAUGGAUCAAUCCAUCACCCCAUCACCCCAAACCCCCAAAAAAUCACCUAAAGCAGAAGCCUUGAAGCAGUUUUCUUCUUUACCCUCUUCAAUUUCAAAGCUUUCAGGGUCUUCAAGAGGCAUCCCAUGCAAUAAAGAUUAUCACUUUUACAUCAACUUUGAAGAAUUCAAAAACCCAAUUCAGGAAAUUGGUAGAAACUCACAGUUGAUCCUUGAAACAAUUGGGUCAUCAGCAGAAUGGGGUAAAAAGCAGGUAAAGUUUCCAACUUGUGAUGAUCUUGAUGAUGAUGAUGAUGUGUAUGAUUGGUUGGUUGGGUUUAAUGAUGAGUUGUUUGAGAGGUUUGAUGCUUCUGUUGAUGAGUUUAGGAGUUUGAGGAAUAAGGAAGAGGAAACAGGUGUUAGGGUUAUGAAUAAUGUUGCUGCUGAUGAUGGGUUUCAGUUGGUUCAGGGUAGGAAGAAGAAAGGGGUGGUGGUUAAUAAUGGAAAUGGUAAUAAUGUAAGUGGUGGUAAUGAGUUGGGUGGUUCUUCGUCGUCGUCGGUGAAAGUGGCGGUUGGGACACCGAAGGCGAAAGUUCCGUUUCAUAUAGCGUCGAUACGGAGGCCGCAGGAUGAGUAUAAGAUUCUGGUUAAUAAUGCGAAUCAGCCGUUUGAACAUGUUUGGUUGCAGAGGAGUGAGGAUGGGUGCAGGGUGAUACAUCCAUUGGAGAAACUUUCAGUCAUGGAUUUUAUCGAUAAAACGGUUAGUGAUGUAGAGCCUGUAAAACCGUCUCCAGUUGAAAGUACAUCUUUCAAGCUCGUACAAGAUGUAAAAGACUUGAAGGAGUUAGCUGCUAAACUGCGUGAUGCCAACGAAUUUGCGGUUGAUUUGGAACACAAUCAAUAUCGAUCUUUUCAAGGGUUAACUUGCUUGAUGCAAAUAUCUACAAGAACAGAAGAUUUUAUCGUGGAUACAUUGAAACUACGGGUUCAAAUCGGUCCGUAUCUGCGAGAGGUUUUCAAGGAUCCCACCAAAAGAAAGGUCAUGCAUGGAGCUGAUCGGGAUAUUAUAUGGCUGCAACGCGACUUCGGUAUAUACGUUUGCAAUAUGUUUGAUACUGGACAGGCGUCAAAGGUGUUAAAGUUGGAGAGGAAUUCUCUGGAGUUUCUAUUGAGAUACUUUUGCGGUGUUGCUGCAAAUAAAGAAUAUCAAAACGCGGAUUGGCGAUUGCGGCCGUUGACUGCUGAAAUGCUGAGGUAUGCCACAGAAGACACACAUUAUCUAUUGUAUAUAUACGAUCUUAUGAAAAAAAGGUUGCUUUCAUCAUCAACAGAUCCAGACUGCCCUGAAGCAGCUCUUGUUGAGGUAUACCAACGCAGUUAUGAUGUAUGUAUGCAGCUCUAUCAGAAAGAGAUUCUGACUGAAAAUUCGUAUCUGAACCUUUACGGGUUGCAUGCAGCUGAUCUCAGCGGUCAGCAACUUGCCAUCGUUGCAGGGCUUUUUGAGUGGAGAGACGUCAUUGCUCGUUCAGAAGAUGAAAGUACCGGAUAUAUAUUGCCAAACAAAGUUCUUAUCGAAAUUGCAAAGCAAAUGCCGGUGACACCCGGGAAAUUACGCCACUUGUUGAAGUCGAAACUCCCGUAUAUCGAGCGAAACCUUGGUGCUGUUGUUAGCAUUAUCAGGCAUUCCAUGCAGAACGCGGUGGCAUUUGAACCCGUUGCCAAGAAACUGAAGGAAGAAUACAUUGAAAUGAUGGCUGCAAGAAACGCUAAACUUGCUAACGGUGAAGAAGCGACAGAAGCUGCAGGAAAUGAAAGUACUAGUAAUGCUGUAGAAGACGACUCUUUCGAAAAGGAAGUUGGAAACUUUAUUGUUGGAGCGAACCAAAACCAUAAAUUAGAUGGCUCUUCUGCUUCGCGAGUAAGCAUUGAGGUGCAAAAGAAGCCAAGUCGUGCGUUUGGAUCCAUGUUUGGAAACGCAGCAGGAAAGAGAAAGUUCAAUCUUGAAUCAAAGGCAACGGAGGAGAUCAAGGUUGAACAGAUCAAAUCUUCUGUGUCACUCCCGUUCCGUUCUUUCACUGACAAAACCGAACCUUCAUCACAUCCCGUUGCGAAAGAACCCCCGAGACCUCAAGAAAAUCCGGUUUUGCCCCUAGCUUCUGAACCGGAAACUGACGUUAUUAUGCUGGAAUCUGACUCCGAUGUUGAAGAAGAGAAAGAGGAAAAACCAGCAAAAGACGAGGAGGGUAGUGAGCGGAAAACGGAAGGUGAAAACAAUGUAAUAUUGUUGGAUUCCGAUUGUUCCGAUGAAGAAAACGGUGAAGAUAAAAAUGGAAACGAGGAGACAAUGUCACUGUCAGAUCUUUCGUCAAGCUUCCAGAAGUGCGUAGAUACUGCUAACGAGACGAUACAGUCCGAUCCGGUGGUGGAGGGCGGUUCAACGGGGUUGGUGGAGGUCAAACCGUUUGACUAUGCGGCGGCUAGGAAAGAAGGGAGGUUCGGGGAAGAGGGGUCCGGUGAUGAAGAUGGUGAUGGUGGUAAAAGUAAGGGUAAAGGGGGACGGAAGAAGGCGGGUGGUGGUGGUGGUCGGAAGGAGUCUGCAGGCGGUGAAAGGAGUGGGGAUUUUCAGAUGGGUAGGCGGCGCCAAGCGUUUCCGGCGACUGGCAACCGGAGCUCAACUUUCCGGUGAAGGCUUGGUGUCAUGUUGUUUUAUUUAUGUGUAGGAACCAACUGUUUUACUUUUAAGAACAUCCACAAAAGGUUUAAUGUUAGAAGUACAAACAUAAAAAAUGUUGUUUGAAUCAAGUUUCAAUAGAAUUUUAGCUUGAAUCAGGUAGGCACCUUCAGUUUUCA